AAGACCGUUUCUUCCGCUACCGGUAUCGUGAACGGGAACUGCCAAGAAGAAAAGGAAAAGCAGAAGUUGAAACAUCGGCGAAACAAACAUAAAUAAGCUUUUCUAGUAUACGGAAUAAUAUCUGAAAAGAAAACCGAAAUAAAAUCGCCGUGUCCAAGAGCUGUGAAAGCUAAUUUACCCAAGCAGGUAACCGACGAUGGCAGUGAACGUCUACGCAACCUCAGUCACCAGUGACAAUUUAAGUCGUCAUGACAUGCUGGUCUGGAUCAAUGAAUCUCUACAGAUGAACCUCACCAAAAUAGAAAUGUUGUGUACAGGUGCUGCCUACUGCCAGUUCAUGGACAUGCUGUUCCCCAACUCUGUGCCUCUGAAGAAAGUCAAAUUUGGUGCCAAACUGGAGCACGAAUACAUCCAUAACUACAAGCUUCUGCAAGUCGGCUUCAAAAAGAUGGGCGUUGACAAAAUCAUCCCAGUAGACAAACUGGUUAAGGGGAAGUUCCAGGACAACUUUGAAUUUGUCCAAUGGUUUAAAAAGUUCUUUGACGCCAACUAUGAUGGGAAGGACUACGACCCAGUGGAGGCAAGACAGGGGCAGGACGCCAUGCCCAUGCCAAACCCUGCCUCCUCAGCUCUCAACAAACCCCCUAAAAAAGCCCUCAGUCAAGCUCCUCAGAGGCCACCUGUGGCAAAGGUAGCGCCCAAGUUGGCUCCUGUUAGUGCCAGAAAGCCCGGGAUGGGAGGUGGGGAGGAGGAGAGGGCGGAGCUCCUGAACGAGGUGGAAAUUCUGAAGUCGACCAUCCAGGACAUGGAGAAGGAGAGAGAUUUUUAUUUCGGUAAGUUGAGGAACAUCGAGCUGAUCUGUCAGGAGAAGGAAGGGGAAGGCGACCCCACGCUGCAGAGGAUCGUCGACAUCCUCUACGCUACAGACGAGGGGUUUGUGAUACCGGAUGCUGAGGAGCAGGAAGAGUUUUAAUCCAAGUCUGCAAGCAACCUCUUGUUUAGAUACCGCUGGUCUCCAACCCUCCUCAGAGCCCUUCAUCGAAUCAAGACCGUCUGGUCGGCCUCCACCCGUAUCCUCCAUUCUAAUCAGCAAGUCCUCGGUCACUGCCUCCUCCCACACACCUGUCCGUCAUCCUGUACCUCCAUCCAUCCCAGAACCAGAUGAUGCAGUACAAACCUUUUUGUAAUGGACUUAAGCGUGAAAAAAAAGAAGCACAGUGUUGUGUGUGUAUUUGGGUGUGGGUGUGUUUGAAAAUCAAUUAGAAACCAAUGUAACUUGAACUUGGGAAGACCCGACUGUCAGCUCGCCACCGGGUUCCAUACUAACCCGGAUAGUUUAGUUCUGUAACUCCUCUGUGCCUUCCUGUCACACCCAUUCAUCCGGAAGAAAAAUCCGACAGGUUGUUGUCACGUUGAAACUAAUUUAAGUUUUUUUUUUUCUUCCCUAACUUGACAGGUUUUUAUCAGCUGUUAACGUUACAUAUUUCAGAAAAAUUUCCGACAUGAAGAAGAUAAAAAAUGAGGACAGUCGGCUCUAAAGGGCUCAGCGUUUGGUCUCGGUCGAGGCAGCAGUCGGGUCUUCUUUUGGCCUUUUUACACGUGACCAAUUUUCGCCACCAAAGACGCCAACUCGAAAUGGUGUGAAGUGCUUCUGUCGCAUCUUCCCAGCGUUGUUUAACUUGUUUUUGUUUGUUCAGAAAAGUUCUCGGCGUCUCAUGUUUUCUCUUUUUAGGUUGUUUGUUUCUCACAGAAUAUUUUUUACCUGCAGAAGCUGGUUUUUCUCCAGCCAGAGCGUGGUCCUGCUUCUUGUACUGGAUGUUUCUGUUUCCACAACACACAGAUUUCCUUUUUUUCUCCCCACAUUUCACUUCCUAAAUGUGCAAUUCUUAAUUAUUCCAGGAAUAAGUGGCUUACUCGUGGAGCCGGUGUGAGAUAAAGAGAUGACUGACAUGCCCAUACUGAGUUAAAAAGUGCUAAAAUUUGUUACUGAUGAGCAGUGAUUUGUAUGUUUGUAUUUUGGGGAAUCUCUCGUAAGGCGGAUUAUCUUUUUUUUUUUUUAACUAGUUUCGCUGGAGUUGGCUCAGACCAGCUCUGUGAUUAACACUGUGAGAUCAGACCUGCUGCAGACCUUCUGAUACCUGCACAGCUGUAAAAGUAGCAGAUAUCUUCGUUUCAGCCUCUGUGCAUCUUGAAGCCUUAGCUCUGUUUGAUCACUGCUGUUUUACUCUAAUAUUUUCAAAACUUCUGCUUCUCCUUAAUGUGGGAUCAAUAAGAAUAACAUGUCACACUGUCUGGGAAUUCUUGUUUCUUUUUUUUUUUUUUUCCAAAUCCCAACAAACUGAUUUAAUAUAAAUUUAAUCAGAGAUCAGUUCUAUUCUCUCUUUCCAGUUCAAACCAGAACAAUUGUUUCCAUCAAGGCUUUAAUUUAAUUUAUGGAGUUUUGUGCCUUUUCGUUUCUUGUGGCAGGAAAAACAAAGAAGUCAGUUUAAACGUCCACUCUGAAGGUAAAAUAUGAUUCAUACUGGUAGCUGCAGAUGCCUGAUGUAUCAUUAGCAAUGAAGAUUAAAAACCUGGAAUAUUAAAGUUAAUUUUUCCAGAUCAGUUUUCUCCAGAAACUGAAUUGAAUGUUAUCAAUUAAACCCAUAAAACUAAAAAUAUUUCAAGUCUAAUCUGCUGAAUUUUUUUUCCUGAUUUCCCUUACAGCCUCAUGUCAUUUUAAUAUUUAUUUAUAAAUAAAGUUAAUUUCUACAUAUCACUUCCAAAUUGUUCAGCAUCACUCAUCCACUAGAAUGUGAUUGGUGGAGGUGAUUUGACCGGUUUAUCUCUGGAUUUGGAGCAGACAGGAAAUUGGACUGCAGGACUUUGUGGAUCAGUUCCAGACGUCACAUGAAUGAUCCCCUCCUACUCAUGCAGGAGAAUGUGUAGACGGAUACGUGUCCCAUUUAACACGGGAGCCUGUAGUAACCCUCCAUAACCUUCCCCCUCAGCACCAACAGGAUGUAGCUGAUCUGUCAAAACAAUCAUCUGUUUACAUUUUCAUUUUCAAGACAUUUCAAGAAAGUUUUCAGAGUAGUUUGUAGACUUCUGUCUGGUGUAAUGAUAGUUGUAAAGUGCAUUACUGUGUUAGAGGAUGAUGUCUGGUUUCAUGUUUGUCAUUUUUCACACACACUCGUAUCCAUAAACAAGCAUCAUCAUAAAGUAAACGUGUUUUUUAUUUGAAGUUUUUCUGGUGAUGGCAGGUUCAGUUUGUCUAACUUCCUGCAGCAUCAAAAUGUCGGAGCAAAAAGAAACGAUGGCUUUUAAGGUAAUGGUGGUGCUCGUCUGACCUCUGACCUUGUGCCUCAGCAAUCAGUGCCGAUCUGCGUAGAACACUGUGGGCCAAGUCCUCGAACUCCAGGCUUCUCUCCUGAUGUGUUGUACUCAGCUAAACACGAUUUUCUUAAAUCAUGUUUUGUACAAACAAUAAAACAGUAUUUCCUUGUCA